UACUUGUCAAUCUCAUCUUCUCCCCAUAUCAUUCAUAUCCCCAUUAUUUUCAUUCAUAAUAGUACUACUAACUACUAUAUUCUAGUAGCUAUAUUGAUGUAUGCAUAUAUGUAUGAGAUUUCAAAUUAAAAAAAAAAAACUAAAAAUGUAGUUACAUAAUUCCAAUAAUAGUUUUGUGAAUUAGUACACCGACCAUGUAGUUAGUAGUAGUCAUAUCAUUUUCUUUGAUCGUACGUAGUAGUUGUCAUGAUAAUCCUUUUUUUUCAUGAUAAUCCUUGUGUUUGUUUGAAAGGUUUUGAUGUUAACGGGUGCUCCCAGAGAGGCAAUAUAAUCAAUGCAUCUAUUGAGUCGCUAAUUAGUACUAUUAGUGUUCUUGGAAUCUGUCCUUUACGUAUGUCGGUUGUUGCUAGAUUAUAAUGUGUUUAAGUGUACUCAUCGGCUAAUCAACCUGAAAUUUUAAUUUUGUACUACGCAUUUUUAAUAUCAUGUAAUUCAUAAGUAAUCCUGAACUAUAACUUCUUUUAGUUAUAGGUUAGGGAACAAAUUGGAGUAGAGAAGAUUUUUCAUGUAAGUAUGGGUGCAUCCGGGUUAUAAUGUCUAUGAAGAAUAUACAGGUUACAUUAACUAUAUAUGUUGUCAAUCAAAUCUAUACAUACAGAUUUAAUAUUGAUAUACAUAUGUACAUUACAAUAAAAUUACUAUUAUUAAAAGAAUUAACGCAGUACGUUCUUCAUGCAAAAUAUAUAAAUCUAUUGUGUAUGUUUUUUUUGGUUCAGAUUAAAAGAAUUAUGUUAUGUUUUAUACGUCUUUUUGAUAGACCCGGGUUUAACCUCCCACCCGGGGAUUAGGUCUGUGUCUUUAAUAGACCCAGUUUAAUUAUUUUCUUUAACAAAAAAAAAGUUAUACGUCUUUUAUAUAAAAAUGAUUUGUUUGUGAAAUCCAGUGGUGAUUUUAUAAAAUAAAAGGAAUAAAACCGAGAAAACAAAUAUAUGUUUCUAAUUUAGCAAAAAAAACAAAUAAAUGAAUCUAUCCGUAUGUAGAAUAUUAAUUUGUUAAAAAAACAAUUAAAAAGAACGCGUUUUAGGUGGUCUACUCUCUCGCUAUAUAUACAUAUACAUAUGCGUGUGCUUGCAGAAACCCAAAUUGCAUGCUCCCAUUCUCAGAUUCACAUACAAAGAUAUCUCAACAUUCAGACCCACAAACCAUCCAAUAGCACUUUCUACUACAUAUUUGUCUAUUUCCUCCUUCUACCAUAUAAUUCUCAUCUCCUAAAUAUCAAUAAAAUAAACAGAAACCUAAUAUGUAGUUGUUGUUUUUUAUGAACAUUUAGUUGUUAUCUCUCUCUCCGCUCCAAAAUAAACUAGUUCAAAAUGUGGAUGAUGGGUUACAACGAAGGAGGUGCAGAUUCCUUCAACGGAGGAAGAAAACUUCGCCCUCUCAUCCCACGCCUCUCCUCUUGCCCCAGUGCCGCCGCAAACACCAACUCCGACCACCGCUUUAACAUGGUGAUGGCUACAAUGACGGCUGAGCAGAACAAAAGGGAGCUCAUGAUGCUAAACUCAGAACAUCAACAUCCACCUAUGAUGGUGAGCUCACGAUGGAACCCCACACCGGAUCAGUUAAAGGCUCUUGAAGAGCUUUACCAACAAGGAACUAGAACUCCUUCUGCCGACCAUAUCCAACAAAUCACCGCGCAGCUACGUAGGUACGGAAAGAUCGAAGGCAAAAAUGUUUUCUAUUGGUUCCAAAACCACAAAGCACGUGAACGCCAAAAACGGCGACGACAAAUGGAAAAUGGCCACGACGAAUCUGUCUUUACGACAACUAGUCUUGUCUCAAAUCACGGUUUCGACAAGAAAUAUCCACCAGGUUACAAGGUUGAACAGACGAAGAAAUGGAUAUGUUCGGUCGGAUGCGACACACAACCACAGAAACCUCAUGAACUUCAUCAUCAGGAAGAGCCUGUCUCCAUAGCAUUACCAACAAAGGGCAAUGGUCGUUAUGUAGGAAACGAGAGACAAAGCUUUCCCGGGAGAAAUGCCAUGUCGCAGAUGAUGCAACUUGCACCUGGACAUUACCCUUAUUCACGACAACAACAACAUCAUCAUGAACUCAUUCUCAAUUCAACUACUGUUACGUCUAGCUUCUCUGCUAGCAACAGUACUGUUUCCGCUGCUAAAGAUACCGUCACAGUUACACCUUUAUUUCUGAGGACAAGAGCAGCAACCAACACAGGAACUUGUGAUGAUAAUAAAGAUCAAGAACGUCAUGAAGAUUGCGUAAACGGUGAAUUGGAUCACCAAGAAAAGACACUAGAGCUGUUUCCACUGAGAAAAGAAGGAUUUUGUAUCAGUGGUGGAGAUGAUGGGAAAGAGAAAGAGAGUGGCAUUCACUGUUUCUAUGAGUUUCUUCCAUUGAAGAACUAAUACCUACUUGAUUUUGUUUUUCAAGAGCAACAUGUUUUUUGUGUAUUUUAAAUUAAGUAAUCAAUCAAGUUAUAGUGUGAGAAAAAGGAUUAAUUAAGUAGGGUUUUGUUUGGGAGUGAGGGUAGAGACGUGUCUUAACUCUUUAUGGUGUUGAUGUUAACAUUUCAUAGGCGUUUGCCUUUAUAUGCACUUUGGACCACUUUCUUUAAAUGUUAAAACGAUCCAAAUUUUUUUUAAAAAGGAAUACAAACACCCAUUAAUUUAUCAUUUAUGUGGAUGUGUGGUGAGUUAGGGCUUUGGAUUAAGAAACUCGAUUGAUUUGGUUGGUGAUUGAGUGUUACUACAAUGGCAACUCCUUUUUACUAUACACCUUUUAAAAAGCCUAACUAUCUAUUUGAAAAGAAAAAUACUAAAUAUUACAACAAAUACUAUAUAUAUGUUCCAUAAUACUGUAUAGUUGUCACCUUUAGCAUGCGUAUCUUUGAGUUAUAAAUGUGCGUGAGACAAAAAGAAUUGGGUUGAUGUUGAAGUGACUAAGAGAGUGGGAGGACUUUGGUUUGGCACUUGUUUGUUUUUUUCUUCACUUGCAUGCCAACAAAAUGCCUUUACAUUUGCUACUUAUAUAAAGUAUAUUCCUCAUAUUCAAUGUCACUAUUUUGUAUUUUUGUUUACACGUAAAAUUAGUUGAAGCACCUUCUUUCUAAUCGGAGUAAUCAAACCAAAUUCAUUCUAAUUCAUGUGCUUUUGUUUUUGUUUUGGCGUUCACAAUUCACUAUAUUAACUGAAAUGUAAUGCUAAAAUAUCAUUUUACCGCGAAAAGUUAUGAUGAGGAAUCAAUGCUAAACGUAUAUAAACGCAAAUAACCGAAAACAUAAUGUAAAUAAGCAAAUGAAACAUAAAUUUCAAAUUGUAAACUAUCCAUUUGUUGUAUAUUUUCGAUUAUAAAGUUUCUAAAUUAAUCAAAUAUUUUUUUGAACUUUAAAAUUAAUCAACUAUUGACAUGGAGAAUCUUUUAUAUAUAAAAUUUGAAAGCUUUGGUGAAGAUGUAAGAAAAAUUGUAUUCUUGGAUGAUUUGAAAGUUUAAUGAUAGAGCAAAGCCAACCUCAUUAACAGAAAAGAAAGAGAAAAGACCAACCUAAUUUCAUUUUUCAAAAUAUAUUUGAAUUGAAUUAAACCACAUUAUAUAUUUAUGUAAAAUCAGUGAAAUAAUUAGAAGCUUAGCCACGAUUAUUUUCAAAUGGAGGAAAAUACAAGAUAUGAGAUAGAGAGCGUGAGAAAAUGAAAGAUGAGUGCCUUUUAGGGAAAGAAGAGACAUGACAAAAGAUAGCUCAGAAGAAUAAUAAAAUUGAGUAGCUUAUUCAUAGAAGAAGACCCCGACACUUUCCUUUCUUUUCCAAAAGAUUCAUUCAUUCUUUUAUGUUUCGUUGUACGAUUCAAUGACACUAUUUUUCUUUAAUAACAAUUUUAGAAGAAAGAUAGAGAGUGAUUUCAUAUGUUUGUAUAGCCAAUUUUGAUGCAUUAUUAUUCCAUCUUCUUCUCUUUGUGUUUGCUUUUUUCCAUGAUGAUUGUGUGUGUCUGUGAUUCUUGCGAGCAUGGAAGUAAGCAAAAAACAUAACUUUAAUCAAUCUGUACGACAAAAGUUAAAAGCAAGAAGAGAAAAUAUUAAUGGUACGCUCAUAGUCAACAGACUACCACACCUCCACACGUACAAUAUAUAGUAAUAGUAUAUUUUGUUGUUAGGAAAGAAAGAAACAUGAAUCUUCUCGUGGUGUAACGAAGAUCAAUUGGUAAACUGUAAUCGUACGGUAUAAUCUUUUGGUUAUUUCCAUGGAUCACAUAAAUCUGUGUCUGCUCGUUGGAUUAUCAUAAUAUAUCACCAGUGACGUAUUACGGUAUUAUACUAUAUGCGCAGGGCCGUGCCUGAAUAAAAGCCCAUUAAGCAUGUGUUUGGUGCCUGACGAAGAUAUAUAUAUUUUAGGGGCCAAUUAUAAUCAUAAAGAGCAUGUAGGUCUACUGGUAAUAUUGUUAUAUUUGUAGGAAUAGACCUGAAUUCAAAUCUUUUCAGCCACAUUUUUUAAUAUUUUUACUGUUUUUAGAAACAAAAAGGCCAAAAAUAUCAUUUUACUUGUGGGCCAAUAUUUUUCAGGUCUGGCACUGUAUAUGCAUAAACUUUAACUGCUAGAGAUAAUAAUUCAUAAAUCAUGUAACGGUCAAGGAAUGUAGAUGACCAACGUGGAGUCUCACCUGUACAGUAGAAGUAUGAACGUUCAAAGUAUAUAUAGACUCAUAGAUUCGCAUAAAUUAAUGUUUUUUAUAUAUAAAGCAAAAACCUCCCAUCUGGCUAGGCAAGAACACAAAUUGCGUUUUUUCUCAACUACUCCCUCUGUAUUUGAAUGACUGAUGUAAAGUUUUUCACACAUAAAGAAAAAAUAAAUACAUUCUUCUGAUUAUUUAUUUUGGUUUUACCAAUAAAGCUUCAUCACUCAUAAUUUUACAUUUUAACUUAUGAUUUAGCUUUAAAGAUAAAUAGAUUAAUUAUAUUAUAAAACAACAACCUUUUGUAUACAAGUAAAUAAUCUAAAACAUCUAUUCCAUGCAAGGUAGGUUUAUCUCUAGGUAUUUUUCUCUAGCUAGAGAAAGCCACUAGCUUUAGUAGGAGUCUAAAACAGUGAAGAAACACAAUCUACUAAUAAAUCUGAUUCAUACUUAUAAGUCAAAUGUAAAUAAAGAGAAAGAAAUGAUAAAUAAAAUAAAAUAACCCAAAAAAAUUAGUUUCUCCAAUGGAGAUUAUCAAUUCAAAUGUAAGAAUAUGUAUUAUGCAUUAUUUAUAUUUUAUAAUGGAUACCAUUGAGUUAUGGUUUUAUAUAAUUUUGAAAUAUUUUACUAAUAUUAUAUUUUAAUAUUUUUUACUAAUAAUUAUAUUUUAAUAUAUAUUUUUACUAAUAUUUAUAUUUUAAUAUAUUUUGAAUUUUUAUAUGAAAACUUUCAUUAUUAAGUAUACAGAUAAUUUAUUUAUGUUCUAUAAUUCAUGACAUCUUGACAUCUACGUAGAUAAUAUAUAGAGACGGCCGUCUAGUUGUCCUAAACACACACACGUCCAUUGUAAUUUACACGAAAGGAAUGAUCUCUUAUAAGAGAAUGUCGUAGGUUCAAUAACUAAUUAUUAAUUUGAACAUAAAAUGAUAACUAAAAAUCUAACAAAAAAAAAAGGUGAAUAGUGGACCGACACUAGUCAUUGAUAAUUUGGAGAACCUUUUUAAUAAACACCCAAAGAUGGAAGAGACAAAUUAAAAGAAGAAGAGGGAGAGACAGAGAGGAAUUGACAAGACUGGAGAAGGGAUAAGACUGUGAGGGGCAAAAUGGUGGCAGGCAUUGAGGUGGACCAUUGGUUGGGUUGGGUUGGCUGUGAAUCACCCGCAUCCUCUUAUUCUCUGCAUUUUAUUUUCUCUACUUUUGGUUGAAUCCGUCAUGCAUGUGAUUCUUCAUUCAGUCCUUCUCUCCCUUUGAGUCUUGAGAGACAAAACCAAUUUUAUCAAAAUUAGACGAUUAAAGCCUAUUUUCAAGUUUUAUUAUAUUAUUGUCAGUGAAUCUCUCCUAUCAUGAGGUCAUCAUAAUACAUGUAUGCCCCAUGUGUACGUGUAUACGUUAUACACACAUUCACAUUAGACAGUGUCACAGUAUAUAAUACUCUGACAAUGUAAGACUGCAUCACAUUCUCUGUUAUAUAUUAAUAUAUACGUUAACUGGCUAGCGAGGAAAGGGGGGGGGGUGUAGCUUUUUUUUUUUUUUUUGCCAAUCAAGUCUACGUAGAUAUGUUGGUGUUUUUUUUCUAGAUGAUGUAUCAAUACCCAAGAUUGGUAGUUUCAAAAAAAAAAUUCAAGAUUGGUUUGUGUUGUUAAUAAUUGACCAUUGGUAAAGUAUAAUUAUAAUGUGAUAUGAAAAUUGAUAGAUAUUGGAUAUUAAUUGACUGAGAGAUUGAAAUUGACACUGUUGAUUACAGAAAUAGAAGAGUAGGUGUGUGUGUAGUAGAGAUAGGGUUGGGUCAAAACCUAAAUGGGAGUCUAACGAAUCUAGUCUUGGUAUGUUGUGAUUUCAAGGCCUUUGUAUUUAUCUCCUCUCCACAGUCUAUAUUGCACAGUCCUAAGAGCAUCAUUAUCCUACCAACUCAUAAUGGGUUGCUUAAUAAUAUAAUAAUAGUAUUUAAGGAGAUAAUUUGGGUAAGAGACUUAGCUAAGCAACUUGACAUUUUUCCUCCUCCAUUGCAAGGUUCUUAUUUUAGGGUGCUUAAAAAUUUUAAAGAUUCUUUUGCCAAUAUUAUGUUCUUCAAAGGAGACCAUUCAAUACACAAAACAUACGGCAAGAGAGGAGAAGAGAAGAAGAGUAUUCACUUGUUAGAAUCCGGCCAUCCUCCAGGGAAUAAGAAGACCACCUCCUCAAACCCCAAGAAGUUAUCUUCAUUUCCAUCAUAAACAAAAAGCAAACAAUCAGAGAUGGCACAACUACAAAAAAAAAACAAAAACAGAGACUUGAAAAAAAGAUAGGACUACUAAAAGUGUGUUCCAUUCUUGUGGUUACACGA